AUGAGUACCUCGUCUCAAUCCGAUAGCAUCGCCCCUGCCGCCGACUCCGCCGCCCAAACCGUCAACUCCCUCCUCCUCCGCACCUAUGCCCUGCUCCAAACACCUCUGUCCAUCCUGAAGCUUCACCAGGCUCUCAACGCCGCAGACCAGGCCCUAGCCAUAGCGGCGCACUUACAUCGCUUCGACCUCGAGCCCCGCGCGUACUUGUACCGCGGCCAUGUCCUGAGUGCCUGGGGCCGCUGGCGCGAGGCUCACGCCGCCUACGUCCGGGCUGCCAGCGUGAGGGGGGUCGGGUUCACGGGGACAAACAUCCGGGGCCUGACGAGGGACUGUCUUACGAUGAUUGAGUUUGAGGACGUGAGGCGUCAGAACAUGAGACGCGCUCUAGAGAUUGAAGGCAAAGGCAAGGAUGGGUUGAAGAUGGUUCGAUUUAGGGAUGAGGAGAAUCUGGUUCUCAAAGCUUUUUACGAUUAUGAUGAUGACGAUGAUACUAAUGACGACAUUCACGACGAUGAUGAGACGCAAUCUGAAGAGAGUCACAGUGGGCUCUAUCUUAUUCUGAACGGCAGCGGAGAAGUGGUCGGUAGCCGGGAGAGCCUGCCUGACCUGAGGAGUGUACGCGAAAUCACAAGGGUCAUGUCGGGUAAAGGGAAGCCAACGUCGCCGACGCCCAGUGGUUCACAGAACAGUGGAAACGAUGGCACGACAACCUCCUCCUUAAUAACUGCCACACCAGCUGAAGAUACUUCUGCUGACGCUGUACGAAAAAGAUCUCAAGUGACAGCACAGACGUCCACAGCCUCCGAUGAAACCUCGCCAGAGUCGGAAUCGAAGCACACGACAACCUCAUCGCCAGGUCAGAGCCAGAAUUCACCUUCUCAACAGGGGGGGAAGUCAUCGGACGAGCAAGAAGUCGGGACUGGAGGAACGAAGCCUCCUAGCGAGACAGAUACCAAACCUAGACUUGGCUCAGGCGCCAUCAGCUCCCUGCUAUCCGCACUCGAUGAAAAUAUCGCGUCGCCCGCCCAGGAGAAGCCCCUUGAGGUCUCAAAGGAUGGGAGUCGUCAGACUCGCAAUACAUCUUUAGCCGCCAUAAUUCCAGAUUCAGACAUUGUCAGCCCCCUCGAUCUCACGCCGUCCGUCCCUCAUACACAAUUCCAGCCGUCGACGCAAUCACCAACAGCCACACGGCCACCCAAGAAGUACUCCGAAUCGGUGGGUGAAGGCUCUCAAGACGAUGAAUCUAGCCCGAGUCAUAAGGUUAGCGAGAAAACAGACGCUACAACUGCUGAUCCUGAGCCUGAACUCGAAGCAGUCUCUAAGCGUCCCUUAUACUCUUUAUCAAUUGAAGUAGCCUUGGACUCGCAGUCGGUGAGUGCCGUACUCGGGAAAGCAAACGGACUCUCCCCUCAACGUCCCCGUCCGAUAGAGACUGCCCCGAGGGACAACGUCACUGGACAUGGUAAGAACAAGGAUGAAGGCGCCGAUAACCAUCAUAUUUUACCAUCGGCAGUCUUACAGGAAGCGGAGCCCCUAACUUCGGGAUCAGCCAGCUCAGAAUCCCCUUCACCUACAUCUGUGAGACCUUUGACACCGAGAGGGCUAGUGGCAGCGCGUGAGAGGGCAAAGAGAGAAAGAGAGCGCAACAGCACUCAACAAGUGAUGGAUGAGAGGCUACCGUAUCCUGAGGACUCCAUGGAAUUCCCAGCGCCGAGACGUUGCCGACCAGAGUCUUCCCAAACAGUCACGUCUCCUGGGAAAACUCAAGCCCGAGAUCGAGACGUGUCACCUGUAUCACCAAUCAUCCAUACUCCCACGCCAACUAGACCCGGUGACAUACCAGGCUUCAUGAGAUCCAAUGAGCCAGUCUCGCCCUCCACUCCCAUCCAGAACCAACGACUGCAUGGCUCCCGGUCCUCAUCAACAGAUACCGUAGUUCAACCUCCGCCUCCAGUUCAUAAUACCCAACGCCGCCGUCCGCUCCCCGCCGGUAUAGGCGCAUACAACAAUGAGCCAGACCGCUCCGGUCCGGGCUUUACCCUCCGCCGCAUCAAAGUCCCGCCCCCGGGCGCCCUAACCCGCACACACAUCUUUAUCCGCCCGCAACCCCUCCCCGGCGGUGAAGAGGAGCGCAGGAUGAUUAUCCAAGCCUGGAACGACACCUUCGCGACGAUGCCCCCCGAGUUCCAGACGAUGCUCUCGAGCCGUCUCCGGUACCCGCGCUACACCCGCGACGUGGCGGCCCGGCUCCGCAAAGAGGAAUUUGAAAAGGCCACGGGGGAGAGCAUGUCCUCGGACGACUACUACGCCCUCUUCGACCUCGAGACGUCCAAUGACGGCAUGAUUUCCGCGCUGCUGGAGUGGAUGCAGGGGCGGACGUGGGUCAAGGUCCCGUUUGUGAACCGCAUCAUUCACCAACUCUGCCGGCUGAUGUAUACCUCUGCGCAGGAGGAGGCGCGGCUGCGGCUGACGUACCGACAGGAUAUGGACGCCGUGAUGGAGAAGCUUGAUGAGGUGGAGACGCUCACGCGCAACGGCGAUCACUGGGGUCACAUCCCGGGCGUUGUGGUGAUGAGUGGGUGUUCAAGGGACGCCAGACGUUGGGAGGCUUUCCUUGAGACGGCGCGCGUGCUCGCCCUCGAUCACCAGAAGACAGAGGAGACCAUUGAGAACAGAAUCAACGAUAGUGGGGAGAUUCUACAACAAGAUCUCGAACAGCUGAGCGGCAUCCUCAGAGACAUGGCGAAGAACAGCAGGGAAGUGAACGAGUACGUCGGGGCCAGACAUCAAGGAGACCAGGUGCAGCGGAUGUUCCAAAUCGACAACAAGGACCUGGUCGAUUCUCUCAGAAUCCUUGACGACCAGGUCAACCGUGACAAUGAAGAGCGUAGGUCUGCCGUCAUGGCCUUUACCAAGAUCGCGACGCAGCGGUUGGAGGUGCGCCAGAGGUAUGCUAGCAGCCUAGACUAUGCCGCGCAACACGCUCGCGAACCUACUAUGCUCGCACCGGGCUUCCAGCCGCAGCCGCCGUCAGAGAGACUCGGGAACCAUCCGCUGCGUUCAGCUCCCAACGAAAUGAGGCUCAGCGUUCCCGUGGCGAGCAUCCCAUCAGAGGCGCCAGCAUUCGCAACCACCUCACGGCAAGAAACCCCGCCUCCCCGUGAUGGGGUCAGAUUUGUCUUGAGUCCCAGAGGCAGCCAGGUCGUAGAGUUCAUGGACACGACGGUACCUCCUGAGCCAAGCCCCGUCUUCACAGAUCCCUUUAGUAAAACCUGGAACAACCUCGAUUUGGCCGCGGCAAGGCCGGAGUGCCUGCGAUGUCCCACGCUGGAGCGGGAGAUCAGCGCCAGACUUGCAGAAAUCAAGGACUAUUGCCGCAUACUAAAGUACAGAUUGGAUGAGAAACUGAAGCUCGAGAGUGCGCUCGAAGCCGUGAGUUUCCGCGAGAUCAGAGCAGCGAUGGAAGCUAUUCACAACUACAAGAAGCUUAUGGAUCGCCCAGAGGUGCCUGAGUCUCUGCAGUGUAUCGUGGACCUGCUGGAGAUGCAUGGCAAGCGAGUAUCCGAUCAGGUCGGCUUGCUGAAUAUGUCCCUUCAGCUGGGGCAAACUGGCGAUUCGACGGACAAGAUGCUAGCAGAAACAAGGACAACGAUUAGGUCUGUUAAACGACUAGCUGACGCCAUCCUCGAACUCAAAUCACAGAUGGCGCUCUACCUCGAGAAACCCUUUCCCAAGGUAGGCGACCAAUCUGGCUCCGGCGAGAACGAGGCCCCAGAGAAUGAAAAACAAACACGCUUGAUAAAGUCACUGCAAAGACAAGUCCAAGAGUUAUCAGAACGGACCAAGCGUACUCUGGAGCAGCAGGCGACAGAGAAGCUUGAGCUAGCGCGCAGGGUAGAGUCAUGCAUGAAAGAGGAGAGAGAUCGCCUUAGAGAACAGGUUCGCACUUUCCAGAGCAAGCUUGAUAUGCAGGCCGAGGCUCAAGAGCGUGAUUCGAAUACGGAGCAGACCGUGUCGGACAGACUCAGAGAACUCAACAGAGAACGGGAGACGCAAGAGACAGAACUUCGCAAUCUCGAAGCCCAGAAUAACGCUCUGGAGGAGCAACGUCUAAAGACCACAGAGAAGCUCGCGGCUUUGGAGACGGCCAAGGAAGAGAGCCAAAGCGAACUGGCAGAACUCGCACGACAAACCCAAGAGCUUCAGAUUAAGCUUCAAGCUAAGAGCGAAGCGUUGAAGUGGACAUCGUACAUGACUGUUCCCAGGGCUGUGGAUGACGCCAGCUCUGAUGCUCAACAAGGGAACAGAGCUUCUCAGCUGCGGACAGAGCUGAUAUCUGCGCUUGGCAAGGCAAGGUCGGAUUCAUAUCGCAUAUUUGGAGACCAACAAACGAGGAAGGCUCUGCCAGAUAUCAUACAGAGUGUCCUAUGGCCCAACACCAAAGCAAAGGAGGGCAUCAACGCGGAUGUGCCCAACUUCUGGAGGCUAGCGGAGUUCGUGAGAAGGAGAAAGGAAAUCAUAGCAGCACUCGGACAGAGGGAUUCGCACAGCUUGCAGAGAGCAUUCAACUUGCUUGAAGUGCUCCACGAGUGGAAUAGCGACUUGGGCGCUUGGCAGACAGAAGCGCAAUCAGCAGAGGUCUGGCGGUCCAUCAAUCUCCUCAGAUCGUACACCAAUCUUGAGCUUGGAAAGGUCGAAGGGCUCGAGGCUAAUGCCUCAGAGAGGCGCAAGGUCGCUGGGGCAUUGCUCGAGCAGGCGGCGGCUUCUGAAGACGCAGAAGAGAUCAAGAAGCCAUGGAGUUCCUUGCAGAACAGUCUGGAAGUACAGCUGAACGGAAGUGCUGACGACGCUCCCGCUUGCGACUGCAAGUUUAAACCUCGCCUCUGUCCAAAGCACCAGAGUAACGGUGGACUCAUGUUCCAUAACUUUAUGGAGUCAGAUGGUUCAAGGCCGGCGGAGAUAGAGUUGACGCAGGAGGCGUCCGAGGUGCUUCAGCGAUUUGGAGAGACGUUCAAGGUAUCGUCGCCGGUGUAG